AUGAUCUCCCACUUCCUCGGCCACCCCGUCCGCCUCACCGUCGCCACCCUCAAAUUCGCAUUCCUCUCCCACCUCGGCCUCACCCACCUCUUCCAAGUCACCCCCGCCCAAGGCGCCUCCAUGCUCCCCACCUUCAUGGUCGACGGCGACUGGAUCGCCGCCGACAUGCGGCACCGCCUGGGACGAGGCAUCGCCGUCGGCGACGUCGUCCUCUACAAGAUCCCCCUCUUCCCCGACCAGAACGGCGUCAAGCGCGUGCUCGGCAUGCCGGGCGAUUACGUCUCGCUAGGGACCCCCGGCGAGACGGGGGAGGAGCAGAUGAUACAGGUUCCCGAGGGCCAUUGCUGGAUCGUCGGCGAUAACUUGUCUUGCUCACGGGACUCGAGGCUGUUCGGUCCGCUUCCGCUGGCCCUGGUUCAGGGAAAGGUUGUGGCCAAGAUCUUGCCGUGGCGGGAAAGGAAGUGGAUCGCCAGCGGCGUACGGCAAGUUGCUGUUGACAACCCCAGCUAG